CGCAGAUCGCAGUCACUUUUCAAUCAAAUGGAAAUCACCGUCGAACACAACACACGAGCUGCGCAGCUCGCAAUGCACUCGCUGCCGUGCUCGAUCGACCACAAUGGCCCGGCAAAUAUUUCGUCCUACUUUUUGGUCGAGUCAGACACCGCCAGCGGAGUGCAUGCAGCCAAGUUCCGUGGUCGACAGCUUGCAGGCAUCACAGCACAAGUGCCCUCUGGGCUUGUUGGCGCGUUGUUGCGGGAAAGCCGCCCUGCACUGACCGACCAAGAGGCUCGCACGCUGGACGUUGCUGGGCAGUUCCGAGAGUUUACGCUUUGGAACCUGGAGACGCCGCCAACCGCACAAGCCGACAUGAUGCGUGCAUUGCAUGCCAUCGAAGUAGCAGCCAUUCUCCACGGAAAUGACGACGACCCACAACCACCACAGUCUGAAACACCUUCAGCUUGAAUACACGAAC